GUGACACUGACAGUUGCUCUGACAGCUUCAAGGGUAAAAAAGCAAAUGUAUUUUAAAUUGUAAAGCUAAGAAAUCUAAAGUUUUAAUAUACUGUAAUUAUGGUUGUGAAUAUCUAUAAAUAUUUAAAUCCUGUAGCUACUUUAUUAAAAGUAAAAUUAGAUAAUACUAAAUCUGAUAAGGCACCCAAUUCUACAAUAAUAAACACAGUUUUUACUUUAUUAAACAAAUCUAAUUCAGCUUUAGGGCCCAGUAACGAUUUGGAAAGAGUGGAAAUCCAGCAGUGGAUAGAAUAUGUUCUAGUUUAUGCCAGCCAUGUGGAUAAUGUUCAGAAUUCAAAAAUAGUCUUAAAAGAACUUAAUGAUGUAUUGGCAUUAAAGACAUACUUGGUUUCACACAGACUGACCAUAGCUGAUGUUUUGUUAUUUUAUGUACUGGUUCAAUUAAUGGAUUCUUUGUCUACUCUUGAAAAGGAGAAAUAUUUACAUGUGUGCCGAUGGUUCGAUAAUCUACAACAGGAUGAAUCUCUGAGACAAAAAAACAAAGUUGUUGAUUUCAGUUCAAACUUUUUAGCUACAUUAGUUCCAGCAAGACAUUAGUGGAGAUAUGUUCUUAUUUCUAUUCUUAUUUAUUGUAAAUGAUAUAGAAAUUGAUAUUUUAUUGAUAUCUUUUUUGACAUUCUGUGUUCCUCUAUGAUUAAGAAAUCAGAUUAAACUUUUUUUCUCAUUAAGUAUACAGUAAACAAAAAAUCUUUAAUAAUAAAAAAAAACAGAUAUU